AUGUCUACUCCGACGACGGCUAAUAUUCCAUCAAACUGUCAUACGCCCUCUCCGAUUCCUUCACGACGCAUUCAACACGAGCAUCGACUUCCUCAUCACGAUACCAACAAACGUACACGAAGGAGCAACUCAGAAAAUAUGACUGUCGAACAACCUUCUUCCGCCUCUGACUCUUCAUCACAAAGUGGUAUGGCAGACAACGAAACAGAGCCAGAACAACAGUCAGAACUAUCUUCUCAAACCGCUCCAGCUCCUAAGAAGAAACGCACACGCACUCUCACGACUCCGCACCAAUCUGCUGUCUUACACGCACUCCUCGCACAGUCUCGCUUCCCGACAACAACAAUGCGUGAGGAGGUAGGCCGCCAAAUUGGUCUCAGUGCUCGCAAAGUCCAAAUCUGGUUCCAAAAUCAGCGCCAGAAAGCCAGGCGUCCCCAGAGUGAUUCUGCACCGUUAUCUCGUCCAACUCAUUUUGGGCCCUUCCCAGGCGCUCCGCAAUCAACUUCUUCCUCCCAUACAGCUCUUGAUGUUGGUAUGGCGGAAUCAUUCCCCGACAUUUCAGGAGCUUGUGCUCCGCGGAACCCCGUGCCUAGAUCAGGUCCGCCACUUGACCCUGGGCUUUCAGGUCCUGGUAUACCCGGACGGUGCACGUCACCCUACCCCACCUCUUCAGAAGAGUAUCCCCGCAUUGCAGCGAGCCCCGACUCCACCUCAUCAAUGCAAAACCGCAGCUCUCGCGGCCUUGAGGACUUUCCCAGCCUCACGCUACGUGAACCUGUUCCCCGCAUCCUUGCGUCACGCUCAUUUUUAAUGCACGAGGGCGCACAGUCCCCUCCCUCCUCGCGAGUGCUCCCACCCAUUCACUUUAGUGCCUUGGAAUCACGCAUCAGUACUGACCCUUACAUGUCACCAACGUCCUCACUACCUCCCUCUCACCUAUCUUCUACCAGCAUUAUGCACCAACACGAGCCCACACGCCACACAGAGCGCACCUCCACAGUGACAGGCAUCCCGCCUCCUUUCGCACUGCAACCCCAGCCGCAGUGGGAUCCGAAUAGCUUUGCGCCAUUCACCCGCCCGGAGUUCGCUUCAUUUUCGAGUCCAUCAAGGUCUGGGAGAUUCCUCUCCUCUGAAUCUCGUGAUCGCUUUGCUCCCCACGUCUCCCCAGAAUUGCACAACACAAGGGAAUAUCAUCUGUCCUCAGGCGAGCGCCAGCUCACCUCGCCCUCAGUUCUGCGUCCGUUCAACACUUUCCGUGAUAUAAUCGACCCCAGAAGGUACCCUGCACGCGAGUCAUCAUCUAAAGACGCCAGCUCCAAGCGCUUAGACGAUGACGAACCCCGCCGGAACCGUUGA